GGACUCCAGAGGCGAUAGCUCCCCUAUAGCGUGGAGGGGUGGAGCCUGAAGAGCACUGCCGGCUAAUCGGCGCGUUCGUGUCUAUUCCCCGUGGCGCGGACCGAUGACAGGAAGGACAGAGUCGGCUUGAGGGGAACCCACCUCAAGCUGAAAGAAGCCGGGCUCUAAGGCCAUGUUUCGCAGAGCGCUGCGUCUUGGCUUGGGCCCGGGCCUCCCAUACCGGGGGCUACGCACACGCAAAGGAGGCUUUACUCUGGGUAAAGCUGAGGGCAGCAGUGGUUCUGGGGAGCCCAAACCCUCCAUAGAUGUGACCUUCAAGGUUCGACCCCCUGCCUCGUGCGGGCGGGACAGCGAGUUAGCUGGGGGAAGGGGUAGGCUUGCCUACUAAAGGUCAAAGAGCCGAGGCAAGUGUAUGGCUCUCAAGGAGGCACUUCCCAGUGGACAAUGCCAUAUAAAUGGAAGCUUGCUGGCGAUGAUGGAUAAGGAUAAGAAACCAUUACAAAGGUGCCCGGCUUUAGAAGGCUGUGCAGUAUGAAGUAUACUAGGGACUCGUUCCCUGGGCCUGGCAUAUCUGAGAAUGGGGUUCAGGAGGGAGAGAGAUCUGCAAGAGCUAAAUAAUACUGGGAUGCAAAGGUGUCUGACUUUAAGAAGAAGGUUGAUUCCAUCCUGCCUGGAAAGAAAUAUGAAGUGCUGUAUGACACCAGCCACCUGCCCCCAGAACAGGCGGAUGUGGUCAUCAUAGGAGGUGGGAUUCUUGGUCUGUCUGUGGCCUUUUGGCUGAAGAAGCUGGAGAGUAGAAGAGGUGCCAUUCGGGUGCUGGUGGUGGAGCAGGACCACACGGUGAGGUCAGGGAGUAAGGGCAGUCAUCUUAUUGAGGACACAGACUGUGGCAUUGAGGGCAGGGACUGUGCUUUGGACUUUGGAGCUUAAGAAAUAGUUCCAGGCUCUUCCUCCCUCAACAAAGACCCGCAGCAAUAACAUUGUUUUGUUGGGGAAGGGGAAGAGACUUUGCUACUGUUGUUUAAUCUCUUUGGAGAUGGGGUUUCAAUAUAUGGCUGAAGCUGGCCCUGAACUCAGCAUUUUCCAUUCUGUGCCUCCCAAGUGCUCCGAUUACACGUGCUCCAGAACAUUUACCCAUACUUGCUCCUUGAAAAAUGAUUCCCCUUUGCAUUUAAAUGUAUAACUGACAGCUUCCAUUGCAGGAUUCCAUUAUAUAUUACAUCAUGACAGUCUACGUCGGUUUUUCUUUUCACAGUAUUCACGGGCUUCCUCCACAGGGCCUUCUGUGGGCGGGAUUUGGCAGCAGUUUUCCGUGCCUGAGAAUGUCCAGCUCUCACUCUUUUCAAUCAACUUUCUCCGGAACAUAAAUGAGUACCUGGCUGUGGUGGAUGCUCCUCCUGUGGAACUUCAGUUCAACCCUUCCGGCUGUCUCUUGCUAGCUUCAGAAAAGGAUGCUGCCACCUUGGAAAACAAUGUGAAAAUGCAAAGGAAGGAGCCAAAGUCUGCCUGAUGUCUCCUGAGCAGCUGCAGACCAAGUUUCCCUGGAUAAACGUAGAAGGAGUAGCUCUGGCGUCUUAUGGGUUGGAGGAUGAAGGUUGGUUUGAUGCCUGGUCUUUGCUCCAGGGUCUUCGUCGAAAGGUCCAGUCAAUGGGAGUCUUUUUCUGCCAGGGAGAGGUGACACGUUUCAUCACUUCAUCUACCCCAAUGAAGACCCCAACUGGGGAACAUGUAGUCUUGAGAAGGAUCAACAAUGUCCAUGUGAAAAUGGACAAGAGCCUGGAGUAUCAACCAGUAGAAUGUGCUGUAGUGAUCAAUGCUGCAGGAGCCUGGUCUGGGAAAAUUGCAGAGCUGGCUGGUGUUGGGAAGGGACUUCCUGGCACCCUCCAGGGCACCAAGCUACCUGUGGAGCCAAGGAAAAGGUAUGUGCACUUAUGGCACUGCCCACAGGGACCAGGUCUGGAGACACCGUUGGUUGCAGACAUUAGUGGAGUCUAUUUCCGACGGGAAGGAUUGGGCAGCAACUACCUAGGUGGCUGUAGUCCUACUGAGGAGGAAGAACCAGACCCAACAAAUCUGAAUGUGGACCAUGACUUCUUCCAGAACAAAGUGUGGCCUCAUUUGGUCCAGAGGGUGCCAUCUUUUAAGACUCUGGAGCAUCUUUUGCACCUGCAGGUACAGAGUGCCUGGGCUGGUUAUUAUGACUACAAUACUUUUGACCAGAAUGGCGUGGUGGGCCCCCACCCACUAGUUGUCAACAUGUACUUUGCUACGGGCUUCAGUGGUCGUGGGCUUCAGCAUGCACCUGGCAUCGGACGCGCUGUGGCAGAAAUCAUGCUAGAGGGUCACUUUAAGACCAUCGACAUGAGCCCCUUCCUCUUUACCCGCUUUUACUUAGGAGAGAAGUUACAGGAGUACAAUAUCCUCUGAGUGUGAAAACUGUCUCUGGGCCUCACCAGCCCAGGCAUCACUCUGUCUCACGCUGGCUUUGGUCACUGUCUGAGUCUCCCCAGCACUGUGCCAGGGAUACAUCCCUUUCUUCACCAUCCCUUAAACCAGGCCUCUUCCCCGGUGUCUCUGGACAUGGAAUGAGCAUAGGCACAAAGACCCAGACCAGUGGAAAGUGAUGAAGUGGGAGCCUAGGACUGAUUGUAGCCUAGGCUGCUUCACUACCUAAACAGUUCAGCUGGCAUCCCAGGCAUGGUGCCCAGGACUGGCCUCCUUCCUGGUGCUGAUGCAGAGAAAUCUGACCAGAGCCAAGGCACAGAACAUUCUAGGAUAACCUGGCCCAAAUUUAUUGACUUGUCUAUUAACCUGUUCUUUAAUCUGGCCUUAUGUUCUUCCUACUUUUCUUCUCAUGGUAGAAGCUUUUGAAGUAUUGUGCCAUUAAAAAGGCAGCUUUGGGGGCUGGAGAGAUGGUUAAGAGCACUGACUGCUCUUCCAGAGGUGCUGAGUUCAGUUCCUAGCAACCACAUGGUGGCUCACAACCAACCAUCUGUAAUGGAAUCUGAUACCCUCUUCUACUCUGUCUGAAGACAGUGACAAUGUACUCACAUACAUAAAAUAAAUAAAUCUUAAAAAAAAAAAAAAA